AUGAAACUUUAUUUGCGCAAAAAACUUGACGAGGAAAUUAAAUUGAUACGAGAAGAUUUCAAAAAAGAAUUAAACAAACUGAACGCAAAAUAUGAAAAUCAAACAAAUAUUUUUCGAGAUCGAUGGCAUCUAAUUGCUCAACAAAUUAAAACACAAAAUGAAAUGAUUAAUAACAUAUCGGCUACAACUCUAUCAUGUAUUAUGCCAAUGGGAAUAGAUCUACUUAGAACUACAUCGGAAGCUUUCCAAUCACUUCGCAACAAGGAACAAAACGAAGAGACGAAAAACAAACUUAAUGAUUCUGCUGAAUAA